UUGAGGUCCUUAAAUAGGAUUUCAGAGGUUACUCUCUACAAUGCUUUUAAGAAAAAGUUAGAUUUUUGGAAAAUUUGUAUGAGCUCCAACGAGUUUGAUUGCUUUCCUACAGUUAAAUGCUUUUCGGAAGAGGAAAAGGUCGAAAUUAAUGAAGUUUUCAUUGAGGAAAUUAUUCAGCACCUCACUGGAUUGAGUGAAGGAUUCAACCAGUAUUUUCUAAAUGACCAACAGGUGAAAUAUAAAAAUGAACUGUGGGUUAAAAAUCCAUUUAUUGUCAAUACACGACCUCCAGCCAUGUCAGCAAAAGAAUAUGAAACCUUUAUUGAAUUUACAUCUGAUUCAUCGCUGCAAGAAAAAUUUAAAUCAAUGCCAUUAGCAGAAUUUUGGUGCAGUUCAAAAGAUGAAUAUCCUCAAUUGUCACAAAAAGCCGUGUUGGCACUUUUACCAUUUGAAACCACGUAUAUGUGUGAAACGGGGUUCUCUACCUAUGUAUCGAUAAAAACAAAAUACCGCAACAGACUUGAUGCCGAACCUAAUAUGUUAUUACAACUUUCAUCAAUAAAGCCCAAUAUUAAAAAUAUUUGUAAUAAUAAAAAGCAAUUCACGCAUCUCAUUAAGUAAUUAUUGUUAAAGUAAAAUUAUAUACAAUUUUUAUUAUUUUUAUUAUUUUUUUUAACAUAUUUUUUAAUUAAGUACCUUUUAAUUAAGUAACACAAUAUAAGUACCUAUAUGAAAUAAUUAUAUUUUUUUUUGCAAAUAAUCCUAACAAAAAGCUUAAAAGCUAGAAAACAAAGUAGGGGUUCUACGAUUAAAGUGGACGUCAAAAAGGGUUCCACGGAUAAAAAAGUUUAAGAAAUGCUGCUCUACAUCAAUGUUUGUAGAAGGACAAUAAAAAAGUCAUGGGGAUCUAUCCUCCAUAUCCAUAUCCCCCCCCCCCCCCGUAAGAACGCCCAUGAUUGUAAUAUUAUAUCAAUCAAAUUUUAGCUUUAUGAUCACUAUAUAAGGUAUUAGGUUCCCUAACUUAAUCAAAUAUCAAGAAUAACCGUGUAAACUAUAAAAAUCCGAAUAAAACUAAUUAAAUGCUAUAGAUAGAACUUGCAAACAUGCAGGAUAUAAAUAAGUGUAUCGGAAAUAUAUAAAUUAUAUUUUUAUUUGGCCUAAAAACAAUGAGGCAAUAUUGAAAACCAAUAAAAAAUAAACAUUAUAAUAUUAAUUGUUCAACCGUAUAUUUUUUAUCGUAUUCACUAUA